AACCUGCAACUACAAAAAUAAAUACACACAAAAUUCAUAGCAGUUCAAACUCGAGCCAUGCUUCGACACAAUAUCGUACGCAAAGUUGUGCCUUGUGCCAUCAUUUUGCUGCUGAUCUUUAUAUUUCUUAAUCCCAUUGGCCAGCUAACAUGGACACUGGAGGUGGAGCCCAGUACUCGUUUGCAUGUGCCACAAACUAACAAAUCGCAGACCAUAAAUGUUCAAAGAACAACCCUCUCGGAUCUGCCAACAUCGACCAGCGAAAGGACACCACAAAGCGCUGCUGAAAAGUUCUUUGUCUUUAGUCCCAAGUGCAAGAUACCCUAUGUCGAUGCACUGUCGAAAGAGUUCCUGGACAUGACGCUGCCAAUGCCCUUUAAGGCGUGCACAGCGGACCCGGAUCUGUUCAGCGUUAGCUACAACCGCGAAACGAAGUAUUACACACUGCACCUGCACCAUCAACUGAUGAGGACUCACUUCUCCAACUACUCGGACUAUGCUUGCUUCUAUUACGAGACAAUGGCGGGCACAAACGAUUCGUUUGCCAUAGCCCGUCGUGCUCAAUUUUUCGAAGCCGAUUUCAUUGUGCCGCGGCACUUUUUGGGAUUGGUUGCGAGCUGCAAUGAUAUCCGGAAUGUUUCGCGUGUGGUGCAGGCCGAUGCCUUCUCCUUUGUCCAGUAUCCGGGGAAUCGCAACGAGACGAGCGACGCCUGGCGCGCUGAACACUAUCCCAGUGUCUUUCUGUUUGGCAUCGACAGCAUGUCCCGCAUGAACUUCCACCGUACGAUGCCGCUCACCUCGCAAUUCGUGCGCCACAGUGGCUGGUAUGAGAUGGAGGGCUACAACAAGGUGGGGGACAACACGCUGCCCAAUCUGCUGGCCCUGCUGACGGGUCGCAGCCCCAAGUGGUGGUCAAAGAGCUGCAACCUGAAGACUACGGGCUGCUUCAACUACAUUACGUAUCUGUGGGAUCACUUUCACAAUGCCGGAUACCUGACGGCAUACGCAGAGGAUCUGCCCUCCAUAUCGACAUUCAACUAUUUGAAGGCGGGCUUUGUACGGCAGCCGGUCGACUUCUAUCUUCGUCCCUUCCUGAUGAUCCUCGAGCAUGUGCUCGAAGCGGUGGAGUAUCUGGGCAGCAAUUACUACCUGGGCCGGAGGCACAGCUACAGCUACAUCUUCGACUAUGCCAGGCAGCUGAUCCAGCGCUUUGUCCAUGAGUCCCCCAAGCCGCUGUUUGGCCUCUUCUGGACGAGCAGCUUAACCCACGACGAUCACAGCGGCGGCGCCAAUCUGGAUGCGAGUUUCGUCAACUACCUGGAGCAGUACAAGGACUACGGGCUGUUCAACAAGUCCAUUGUCAUAUUGUUCAGCGACCACGGGGCCAGGUAUGGCCACUUGGCGGAGCAUGCCUCUGGCUUUCUCGAGGAGCGUCUGCCCAUGCUGCACAUCUAUCUGCCGCCCGGUUACCGUAGCCGCUAUCCGAAGGUGGCGCGCGCCCUCAAGCUAAACCGGAAUCGUCUUACCUCCAACUUUGAUCUCCAUCUGGGCAUCAGAUCCAUUGUGGAGCAGAUCCGUCCGGGCAUUGACUUUAUGAAGUCCUAUUCCUGCAUCGGUUGCCGCUCUCUCUUUCGCGUGGUGCCCCGCAACAGAGGCUGCAAGGACGCCAACAUUCCCGUGCACUGGUGCGCCUGCGAGACCUAUGUGCCGGUGGCCACCACUGGCCUGGCCGUCAGACUGGGCCGCAUGGUCGUCUAUCGGAUGAACAAGUAUUUGGCCAAGCUGAAUCUGAAUACCGACUGCCAGCAGCUGUACCUUGGCGAACUGCUCAAAGCCAAGCGCCAGCUGCACUUUGAUGACUUUGGCGUCGAAAUCGAUCCCCCCCACGGAAUGGAGGUCUAUCAGCUGGAGUUCACCACCACACCGAAUGGUGGCAAAUUUCGAACUCUGGUAAGCAGCAGAAAGCAACGCGGAGAGCGUAGUCAUUGAACUGGAUGAGAUAAG